AUGGAGCUCACUCGAUCCGGCCCCUUCUUCUUCAUCAGCGGCCACGACCAACGAUGCGAAAACAGCCAAAAAUUGACCGACGUUGUCCUCUCCGAUCACCACGCGCCGUCCUCCACCGCCCCUUCUCUAUCCCCAUCCGCCAAAACCCCAUCUCACGCGCCUCCGCUCCACCCACCGUCUCACUCUCCAUCACCCGCCGCUCAAAAAGACUCUCUACCACUCCCCCACUCGCCCUCACCCAUAACCCCAGCUCACGCGCCGCCGCCCUCCAAUUACUCGCCCUCACCUUCCCCCACCGCCCAAACCCAAACUCACGCGCCGCCUACUCAGAUGCCGGCGCCGGCUCCCGUUUGA